ACUGCAGCUCUGGUGCUGUUGUUGCUUGUUAAAAUCCCAAGAAGUCAAUAACACUGCGCUUAAAAUUUAGGAGUCGACAGAACUGAAGGGCCAUUGUCAAGUUGCACAUCACCGUCUGACGUGGAUAUGCCUUCUUCCAAAGGGGUGCUGAUGAUGCUUUCAGCCUUACGCGCUAGGGCGGACUCCGGUAGCGGAUCAUUCAACUGAGAUCUCCGCCCCGCCAAAUAAUUUCACAAGUGACUCCAACAUCGAUUACAACAGCAACAUCAAUCUAGACUUUUUCUCACCUACGUCACAACUUGAGCUCGAAAACUCACGUAGGGAUUGCGGCUUUUCCACAGCCGGAGAGAACAAUUGAGCGCUCGCUUGAAGAACAGUAGCAUCACAAAGGGAGCUGAAUAGCAACCCCUCCACCACACCUCCACGGCCAUGUCGACCUUCGGCCAGCACUUCAGGGUAACCACCUAUGGCGAGUCCCACUGCCUCAGCGUCGGCGCCAUCAUUGAUGGCUGCCCUCCUGGCAUGCAGCUCACCGAGGCCGAUAUCCAGCCUCAGAUGACACGACGACGCCCCGGUCAGUCCGCUAUCACAACUCCGCGAAACGAGAAGGACAAGGUCGAGAUCCAGUCUGGUACCGAGUUUGGCCUCACAUUGGGCACACCGAUUGGCAUCAGGGUCAUGAACGAGAACCAGCGCCCCAAGGACUACGGCAACAAGACCAUGGACAUGUACCCCAGGCCGAGUCACGCAGACUGGACCUACCUUGAGAAGUACGGUGUUAAGGCCAGCUCUGGUGGUGGAAGGAGUAGCGCACGUGAGACCAUUGGACGAGUCGCUGCCGGUGCGAUCGCAGAGAAGUACCUGCGCGAUGCCUAUGGCAUCGAAAUUGUCGCGUUCACAGCCUCCAUUGGCAACGAGUUCCUCUUCCCUCCCACAGCGACACACCCCACCGCUUCCACCAACCCUGAGUACUUGAAGAUGAUCGACACAAUUGAUCGCAAGACCGUUGACUCUUUCCUUCCCGUGCGAUGCCCACACGAGGAGAGCAACCAGCGUAUGGAGAAGCUCAUUGGAGAGUUUAAGGAGAGGGAAGACAGCAUUGGAGGCACAGUGACAUGCGUCAUCCGCAACUGUCCCACUGGGUUGGGUGAGCCGUGCUUUGACAAGCUCGAAGCCAAGCUCGCGCAUGCUAUGCUCUCCAUUCCAGCUACCAAGGGCUUCGAAAUUGGAUCUGGUUUUGGCGGUGCUCAGGUACCCGGCUCCAUCCACAACGAUGCCUUCAUCAAGGCGCCUGCUGUCCCUGCAGGUGCUAACGGCACAUCAAAUUACCCGCGACCAAGACUCACUACCAAGACCAACAACUCUGGUGGUAUCCAGGGUGGUAUCACUAACGGCGCGCCAAUCUACUUCAACGUUGCUUUCAAGCCUCCUGCCACAAUUGGCCAGGCCCAGGAAACUGUAACCUACGACGAAGCCGAGGGUGUUCUCGAAGCCAAGGGCCGGCACGACCCGUGUGUGGUGCCUCGUGCGGUACCCAUUGUUGAGACCAUGGCGGCGCUGGUGAUCAUGGAUGCGGUCCUGGCGCAGCAGGCGAGAGCGGGUGCUAGGAGUUUGUUGCCGGUCCGUGAGGGUGUCGUGCCCGUGCAGAGGUAGAUCUGUACGACGCCUUGUAACAUCUUUUAUUUGAUUCACAUAAACAUAUAGACGUUGAUCUGGUGAAAUCGAAAAUGAACCAGUUUCUGUUAGUUGCACUCACAUGGAGAUCACUUGUCCGUUCAAGAUAAGCGACGUGCGAAGAUGUGUGCUUGGUGUUUGCAUUCUAGAUGGUCGAAGGAUUCUGUGUAACCGAGUCUGUAGCUAGA